AUGCUGGCCAGCGAGGUAUGCCCCAUUCCCGCGCAGAACUGGCGGAAGGACGCGCCCCGCGCCGAGACCCGGAGUAGUACACUAGCGGCGGCGAAGCGGGAAGCUCAAGGAGCGGGCUCCGCGUCAGCAUCGGAGCGAGAAAAUAAGACGGAGAGUUCCUGCGGCAGUACCAAGCAGCCGCUCCUGCAACGAGGCAAUCCCAAUGCGGCCGGCCAUCACAAAGCGGCACUUUCCGUGACGGUCGAAGAAGCGUCAUGUGAGGACCCUUCAACGGACUUCCCAGCACAUUCCGAGACUGAGAGUGAGUCUAAGCUUGUCACGCUCGGAGAAGCGGCAUCGUCCUCCUCAGUGCCUCCAUUUCGAGUCGGGGUUUUCUCCGCGCAGUCGCAGCUCCGGGAGAACGCGCCGUUUGGUUCCGCCUCGCCGGCGGCCUCCCCCACGCCGUCCGCGUGCUCCGCGCGCUCUUCCGUCAUUUCGACCUUCUCGAUUGCGCGCCGCUCGUCCUUCACUUCCUCCGUCUCCAGUUCCGUCAGCAGUGGCGGCAGCAGCAGCAGCGGCGGCGGCGGCGGUUACGGCGACUUCACGCCGCCCAUCUCCCGCUGCAGCACGCUCCUGGGAAGCGCGAGUAGCACCAUCGACGAGAACGACGAGCCGUCUUUCGCGGAACGGAAAGAGAGGGAUGCGACGCCGUCGUAUCUCCUCUCGUCCUGCCCAAAAUCCCAUCAGCGACGGUCCGCCGAUUACCACGCCGAUGAAGACGGGGGAGCGGCGUUUACCCGCGUGUCCACUGCGCCGUCCGUCGCGGACAGCAGCAGAUCGCGUCCCCCGCGGCUCGUGAUGGAACGUCUGCGCCUCGGCCUGCCGAACCGCACGUCCUCGCUGCCUCUACGCGGCCUCGACUCGCCUACCGCCUCCUCUGCUGCUAACUCUCCUGCCGCGAAUGACACGACUCGCACGACUGGCAUGGCUGGGAUGGCUCGUACGAGAAUGAGCGGUCGUUCCGUGCCCAAAUGCUCCUCCCUGAUCUGUGAUCCUGCGCCUGCGGGGUUACAUUCACCUGUAUCUCAAAAUACAUGGGAGCACAUGCAACGACCGACGGUGGCAGCAGCAGCAGGUGUGAAGGAGCAAGGGGGCGACGAUCUACAGAUGGAUGGGGGGGAGACGAGAGGGCAGCAGCAUUGGUCGGAGGAGGAAGGGAUGGGUGAGGUGGAACGCGAAUCGCCAUUCCUUGCUGAGUCAGCCUGCCUUAACUGGAAAGAUGUCGAGGAGCUGUGUCAUCGAAUGGACAUAGCAGGCAUUCGCAUAGAAACCCUGGACAUCCAACCACUGGAUGAUAAUAGCCAGGCUCAACAAGGUUCAUCAAACCUACACCAUCCUGCUGCAAAGGCGCACACAGGCAUGACCGCAACAGCAGCAGCAGGCCGCUCUGGGCCGAUCGACGGUUCAGUCGCCGCCUUCCCCGCAGCGUCCGGCAUCUACGCGAUCUACGAUAAAGAAGGCGCGCUGCAGUACAUGGGGCUGUCGCGGCGGCUGGCGGCGAGCCUGCAGGCGCACGCGGAGGACCUGCCCGAGAUGUGCGGCGCUGUCAAGCUGGCUGUAGUGGCAGCAACCAACAAGGAGGCGCUGGUGGAGGCGUGGAAGGCGUGGAUGCAGGAGCACGUGGCAGGCACAGGCAAGGUGCCGCCGGGCAACGAGAGCGGCAACUCCACGUGGACCACGCGGCGCGUGAAGCGCGUCAAGCCCGACCUGCGUAUCGUGCCGGGACCCCAUGUCAAGCUCACAAUUCCGCUCAGUGAGCUGAUUGGGAAGCUGGUGAAGGAGAACCGGGUGGUUGCAUUCAUCAAAGGCACUCGCACAUCCCCCCAGUGUGGCUUCUCGCACCGCGUGCUGACGCUGCUGAACGAGGCGAGGGUGGACUACGAGACACUCAACGUGUUGGAUGAGGACCACAACCCGGGCAUCCGCGAGGGCAUCAAGGAGUACAGCCAAUGGCCCACCAUCCCGCAGAUAUUCGUGAACGGGGAGUUCAUUGGAGGAGCCGACAUUCUCGAGGAGAUGGCGCAGUCUGGGGAGCUCAAGGAGGUGCUGGCCGCGCCCAAGCAACAGACUGCUGCCUAG